AUGCAAGCUCAGGAGCCCUGCGCUUCCGGCGCCGGCGCACCUGGUACCACCGGCGCCCAAAGAGAGCAGCGUGCGCCGGGCGCCGACCCGCGCCAGUCUAGCCAGCUGCUGCCCGAGCUCUACACCUUCGUAGCGCGCGUGCUGUUCUACCUGGCGCCCGUCUACCUAGCCGGCUACCUGGGGCUCAGCAUAACCUGGCUGCUGCUCGGCGCCUUGCUGUGGAUGUGGUGGCGCAGGAACCGUCGUGGGAAGCUUGGGCGCCUGGCGGCCGCCUUCGAAUUCCUAGACAACGAGCGCCAGUUCAUCAGUCGCGAGCUGCUGGGCCAGCACCUGCCGGCCUGGGUGAGCCGAGACGAGCCUGGCAGGGGUCAGAGGGGGGGGGGGCGGAUACCCUUGGAGGUGCGGGAGGAACCUGCGAUCCGCCGGGGAGCUGGGACGCGUAGACCCGAGGGACGGCGGGCGUCCAGCGACCCGCACGCCGGGUCCCCGACCGCAACCGGCGCACAGCCCCUGGGGACGGAGGCUGUGCCCCUCGCCGCCGGGGCUCAGGAUCACUGUGUGGAGGAAUCUCUUAGCAGGAAGCCUGAAAUACAGGUGUGGGUGGCCCAGGGAGACCACUUCAUCAGUGUGGGCCCUGGGCAUUCUCUUGCUGUCCUCGCUAUCAGGAUCAUCUCCCAGACCUGGCCCUACCUAAGCAUGAUUAUGGAAAACAAGUUCCGGGAGAAACUCGAGCCUAAGAUCCGGGAGAAGAGUGUCCACCUGAGGACCUUCACCUUCACCAAGCUCUACUUUGGACAGAAGUGCCCCAGGGUCAACGGUGUGAAGGCACACACUAACAAGCACAACCGGAGACAGGUGGUCCUGGACCUGCAGAUAUGCUACAUUGGGGACUGCGAGAUCAGCGUGGAGCUGCAGAAGAUACAGGCUGGUGUGAACGGGAUCCAGUUGCAGGGCACGCUGCGGGUCAUCCUAGACCCCCUCCUGAUGGACAAGCCCUUCGUGGGAGCCGUGACCCUGUUCUUCCUUCAAAAGCCGCACCUGCAGAUCAACUGGACAGGCCUGACCAACUUGCUGGAUGCGCCAGGAAUCAACGAGGUGUCAGACAGCCUGCUGGAGGACCUCAUCGCCGCCCACCUGGUGCUGCCCAACCGCGUGACUUUGCCCGUGAAGAAGGGGCUGGAUGUGACCAACCUGCGCUUCCCUCUGCCCUGCGGGGUGAUCAGAGUCCACUUGCUGGAGGCAGAGAAGCUGGCCCAGAUGGACCACUUCCUGGGGAUCAGAGGGAAGUCGGAUCCCUACGCCAAGGUGAGCAUCGGCCUGCAGCAUUUCAGGAGCCAGACAAUCUACAAGAACCUGAACCCCACCUGGAACGAGGUGUUUGAGUUCACAGUGUAUGAAGUCCCUGGGCAGGACCUGGAGGUAGACCUCUAUGACGAGGAUCCUGACAAGGACGACUUCCUGGGCAGCCUGCAGAUCUGCCUUGGGGACGUCAUGAUGAGCAGAGUGGUGGACGAGUGGUUUGUCUUGAAUGACACAACCAGUGGGCGGCUGCACCUGCGGCUGGAGUGGCUUUCACUGAUGGCUGACCCCGAAGCUCUGACUGAGCUCCUGCGUGUGGAAGAGCGAGAGGCAGGGAGCCCCUACACCGGACCUGAAGCCCUAAAGAAAGGCCCUCUGCUCAUCAAGAAGGUGGACACCAACCAGGGCCCCGGAGUCCCACCCCAGGGAGAGGGCCCCGCACAUGUGCCGUGCCGCCCAGCCCCUGCUUCUGAUACCAAGGAAGCCUCCAAGAGCACCACGGCGACCACCAGUGCCACCACUGCUGCCUGCGAGCCCACACCCCAAGAGACAGGCCCAGAGCCCAAAGGCAAGGACAGUGCCAAAGGGUUCUGUGAGCCCGUGGGGGAGAAGAAGAGUGCGGACACCAUCUUCCUGACUGUCCCAGGCUCCCACUCUCCAGGGCCCAUCAAGUCACCCAGACCCAUGAAAUGCCCUGUCUCCCCAUUUGUAUGGCCGUCCACGAGGGUGGCUCCCAGCUUUUCCUCGCUCAGCUCCCUGGCCUCCUCCUGCUUUGACCUGACAGAUAUCCGCCUCAACACUGAGUAUGCACCUCUCUGCUUAAUCUUUUCUAAAAUCACCUACAUGACAAAUAACUCCCUGCAUGGAAAAGACCCUGACGGCCUUUCCACUGCCAUCCUCGUGGUCUUCUUGGAGAGUGCCUGCAACCUACCGCGAAACCCUUUUGACUACCUGAACGGCGAGUAUCGAGCCAAAAAACUCUCCAGGUUUACUAAGAAUAAGGUCAGCAGAGACCCUUCUUCCUACGUCAAGCUAUCUGUGGGCAAGAAGACCUGUACGAGCAAGUCUGACUGCCCGGCCCUAAGCGUCUCCCACAUGCAGGGCCUGGUCCCUGUGCAGACAGAGAGAAGGCCCCCAGUGGUACCCAGGAGCCCGAGUGAGAGCACAGGGUACCGAUUUGAAUUUUUUGUUCCCAUGGAAGAAGUAAAGAAGAGGUCACUAGAUGUCGCAGUGAAAAACAGUAGGCCGCUUGGCUCACACAGAAGGAAGGAGCUAGGAAAGGUACUGAUUGACUUAUCAAAAGAAGAUCUGAUUAUGGGCUUCUCAAAAUGGUACGAGCUGACUCCUGAUGGACAGCCCAGAAGCUGAUGAUGAGCAACAUUAUCACCUUUAUAGUAAAAUGUGUACAUAUGUAUAUUUUGUAAUUUAAAUCUGAAGAACCAUUU